AUGCUGAAUUGGAUGAGAAUAAGCAUAUUUUUUCAAGCUUAUGGUUGUACUGCUGGAUUCACGUUGAUUACAGCAUUUUUUCCAGGCAAAAUUGUACCGAAGUAUACUUUACCGAUACCGUUAUUGUUGCCUUUUGAGGAUCAACAUGAACCUGUAGCUUUUUGGACAACUGCGGCGCUUCAAACGUUGAUGAUAGGCUGUGGCGGUUCAUUGCUCAUUUACUUUCUCGGUCACUUUUUAUGCUUAAUUUUGCAUAUUUUCGCCUUUUUGGAUCUCAUUAAAGACUCAACUCACGAAAUGAAGCAAGAUUUGAAGAAAACUCCCAUGGAUUGCAUUAAAAUUCUAACCAACAUGAUUUGCGAAGUAAAUUCCGUCGUUUCAGCUAUCAACAAGAUUUUUCGUGACAUUUUCUUGGAUCUCGAAAUCGGGACUUUAUGCACUUUCUUUUUAUCUGGAUUGGUAAUUCUCAUUUUGAAAGAGCAAUAUUUCUAUGCAAUUUGCAUCAACAUCAUUGGAUUCAUGUAUUUUUCAUGCUGUUACGUCAACGACAAGAUUUUAAACAAAUUUGAACAAAUUCAAAGUGCAAUUUAUGACUUGCCAUGGUACGAGUUGGAAGUUAAACAUCAGAAAAUGUUCCUGAUUUUGUUGAAUUGUGACAAAAUUAAUCGAGGAUUUACCGCUGGAGGCUUUCAUUCCUUGAGUUUGGCCCGAUUUGCGACAAUUUGUCACGCUGGAUACUCGAAUUUUUUGGUUUUGAGAGAUUUGGUUUUGAAAUAUAAGUAA